AUGGCGGCCACCUUCAGCGUCGACGACAUCCCCAAGCCUAAGACAGACCAGCGUCUGUAUCGCUGGUUGAGGCUGGGCAACGGCCUGCGGGCGGUGGUGGUCCAGGACGAGGAGGCCGUCUUCGCGGCAGCGUGCGCUGAGGUGGGCGUUGGCUACUUCGAUGAUCCGGAGGACCUUCCCGGACUGGCGCACUUUGUGGAGCACGCGGUGCACCUGGGCACGGGGAGGUACCCGGAUGAGCGGGGCUACAAACAGUUCCUGGCGUCGCGCGGGGGAAAGUCCAAUGCGACCACGGGAAAGAUAGAAACAAGAUUCCAUUUUGAGGUCCAGAAUGAGCACUUGAAAGAGGCCUUGGACAGGCUUUCCCGUUUCUUUAUUGAUCCCCUCUUCCUCCCUGAGGCCUUGGAUCGUGAGGUGCUGAAUGUAGAUUCAGAAUACAGCAAGCGCAGCAAUUCAGAUGCUGUCAAGCUGUUGAACUUGCAACGCUCUGUGGGCCCUGCUCCCUUAAACAGAUUUGGCACCGGCAGUGUCACUACCCUCCGUGACAAACCAAAGGAACUUGGCAUUAAUGUGCCUGAGGUACUGAAGCAGUGGCACAAACAAGGCUGCUUGGGAGACAACUUGACCCUUGCAGUCAUUUCUCCCCACAGCCUCGACGAUGUCGAGCAAUGGGUGCUGGAGUCUUUCUCCCUUGUUCCCCCAAGGACAGGAGAAUGGGCACCUUCCCCAUUUGAGACAAAUGUGACAGAUGCCAAGGCCUGGGGAUUGAGAUACUAUGAGGUCGCCCCCCUAAGAGAGCUGCGGACUCUGGACCUGGUGUGGUUCAUACCUUAUGGGGUCCACACCGAAAACCGUUGCAAGCCAUGGAGAUGGGUUGGGCACCACGUUGGGCAUGAAGGGGAUGGGAGUGCUGCCAGCCAUCUUAAACGAAAAGGCCUGAUCCAAUCUCUUGUUGCUGGUAUUGGGGAAGAAGUGCGAAGGGGAGCAGGUUUUAUGCUGUGGCACUGCAAAAUGCAGCUCACCGAGAAAGGGCUUGACCAUGUACAAGAAAUCGUUGCAACAGUGUAUGAGAGCAUUGAGAUUUUGAGGCGGCUGCCACCUGCAGCAUGCCAAACAACAUAUACGGAAUUGCAAGAGAUUGAGCAGAUUCGUUUUGACUACAAAAGCCGUGAGCAACCUGUAAACUAUGCAUUGGCCUUGGCGCUCAAUGUGCGACAUUAUGAAGCCUCAGAUCUUUUGACGGGACCAGCGCUCCUGCAGGAGUAUGCAGCAGCAGCCUCCACACCAAAUGCAGUGGCAGCUCGCUUGUUCGCAAGAGUUGUGACCGAUGUGCUGCUGCCAACUGCAUACAGCGCAGAGAUCGUCAGCACGCACUGGUCGCUGACGGUCGUGGCCACUGGAAUGCACAUUCAGUUUUUUGGCUUCAACGAGACCUUAGUGCGGCUGGUGCCCAUUGUCAUGGCUAAGCUGACCAACCUGUCCCGCCAUGAGAUUGAAGACAGGUUCACUGUCAUGCAUGGCAGACUAGUGCAACAACUUAAGAAUGCCCAGUACAUGGACCCACACUUGCAAGCAGCAGUGUCAACCGCGUAUCUGCUUACUGAACCUAGCCAUCACAGCAACCAAUUGCUGGAAGCCUGUGAUGGCGUCACACCUGAGGAUGUGGUCCAAUUUUGGGAGGCCUUCUCUCGAGACAUGUAUGCAGAGGGUUUGGCCCAUGGAAAUCUAACGACAGAGGAGACAUUGGAGCUUUGGACCGAUGUCGAAGGAAUGCUUGGGGCAACUGGUCUGGAUGCGCACGAAAAAUGGCCAGUGCAACGGAUCAUGGGUCUGCCCUUUGGAAAUGGCGACAGCCUUUCGACCGACGCUGCCACUAUCAGCUUGGAAGAUGCAGCGGAGACUUCACGGGAUGUUGCCCGAGGGCGCCAACCACACUGUGUUAAAUAUGUUCCAGACAAUGUUAACCCUGACAACGCAAAUUCUGCCAUUCACGUCUUGAUGCAGGUGGGCACCGACGAGGCCCGCGUCCUGUCCCUUGUGGAUCUGUUCCGAGCAAUCGCCCAGAAAUCUUGUUUUCACCAGCUUCGCACUGUUGAGUGCCUCGGCUACGUUGUUCAUCUGGAGAUGUCUCUCAUGGCUCACGUUGUCGCUGUCGGAGUGCGCAUACAGUCGCCUAAGGCAACACCCAGGAAAUUGCAUGAGCGGCUUGAUGCUUGGCUCGUCAGUUUUCGGCGGCAGCUUGAAGACAUGUCCAACUGCGACCUGGACAAGUACAAGGCGUCCCUGAAGGAUAGGUACCUAGAUCCACCCAAGACACCGGCGCAGGCUGCUGCCAACUUUUGGCGCCACAUCGUGACUCGACGCUACGAAUUCGACCGUCGCAUCCAAGCGGUUGCCGCCUUGGAGACAGCCACGAAGCGCGACCUGCUGAGUAUGUACGACACAUACAUUGCGCCCAAUUCGCCAUCCGGACGUCGCUUGUGUACCCAGGUGUGGGGUCAUGAUGCAGACGCCCAGGCUGCGGGGGAGGAUGCGUCCAGCACAGCAGCACCUUCUGCAGUGCAGGAGGCGCCAAUUGCAGUUGUGAUACGGUCCGGCGAGGAGACCGUGCACAAGGCGCUAUGGGAACCCUUUCCUGGGGGGUCUAUAGUUCCCCACGCAACGGUACCCUCGAGCCUCUGCUCGACGUUACCCGUCACAGAAUGA